AUGACCGACUUCACCAGCAUUGCUCAGCAGUUCGUUGAGUUCUAUUACAAUGCCUUCGACACCAACCGCAGCGGCCUGACCCCUCUCUACCGUGAGAACUCGAUGCUCACCUUCGAGACUAGCUCCGUGCAGGGUGCUGCGGCUAUCACCGAGAAGCUGGCUAGCUUGCCCUUCCAGCAGGUGCGUCACCAGAUCGCGACCUUCGACGCCCAGCCCUCCAGCGACAACGGCAUCAUCGUCCUGGUUACUGGCGCUCUCUUGGUCGACGAGGAGCGGAAGCCCAUGAACUAUACCCAGCUCUUUAAGCUGCAGCCCGACGGUGCCGGCAGCUACUUCGUGCUUAACGACGUCUUCCGCCUGAUCUACGCUGUCGAAUAA